GAGGAACUCACACUCUUGUAAACCCACCCCCAACGUCCAGUCCCGACAUCAUGGUCAACUCCUGUUGUGGCUCCGUCUGCUCUGAGCAGGGCUGUGGCCAGGAAAGCCGCUGCCAGUCCAGCUGCUGCCAGACCACCUGCUGCAGGACUACCUGCUGCCGCCCCAGCUGUGGCCUGUCUAGCUGCUUCCGCCCCGUCUGCUGCCAGACCACCUGCCGCCCCAGUUGUGGCGUGUCCAGCUGCUGCCGCCCUGUCUGCUGCCAGACCACCUGCCGCCCCAGCUGUGGCGUGUCCAGCUGCUGCCGCCCCGUCUGCUGCCAGACCACCUGCCGCCCCAGCUGUGGCGUGUCCAGCUGCUGCCGCCCCGUCUGUUGCCAGACCACCUGCCGCCCCAGCUGUGGUGUGUCCAGCUGCUGCCGCCCCGUCUGCUGCCAGACCACCUGCUGCCGUACAACUUGCUGCCGCCCCAGCUGCUGAGGAGCCUCCUGUGGAACUUUGUAUCUGACUACUAACCACAAAUCCCCCAUUAUCAUACCAAUGUGUAAGUGUCAUCCAAAUUAAACUGUCCCUGUCCUCGAUGACCACAAGCUUUAUUAGCUUCUGAUAUCAGUCAGAGAUUUGCAAAAGAGCUGCACAUUAAAUGCUACUCAUCUCUCCCUUGGGCCUCUCCCUCUUGUCCAGGCCUUAGACACAUGGUGCCAUUAAGCUAAGCCCUAGAAUCCCUAACUGUUAUCCUUGCCAUGACCUUCAUAACAAUGUAUUAAUUAUUCUUCAAUAAAUAAUGCCUUGAUAUCAGAA